GGUUCCAAUGGCACCAGUUCUGACCUGUCCUUGUUCUUCCUGAUGGGCAUUCCAGGCCUCGAACCCAUGCACCUCUGGAUCUCCAUCCCCUUCUGCUCCGUGUUCAGCGUGGCCCUUCUAGGAAACUGCACGCUGUUGUAUGUUAUCAGGACGGAGCCCUCCCUACACAAGCCCAUGUUCUAUUUUCUCGCCAUGCUGGCCGUCAUCGACCUGGGUUUAUCCACAACCACCGUGCCGAAAAUACUGAGCAUCUUCUGGUUUAAUUCCAGGGAGAUCAACUUUAGUGCCUGUCUGGUGCAGAUGUUUUUUCUUCACUCAUUUUCCAUCAUGGAGUCUGCUGUGCUGCUGGCUAUGGCCUUCGACCGGUACGUGGCCAUCUGCAACCCCCUGAGGUACGCCACCAUCCUGACCAAUUCAGUGAUAGUGAAAAUCGGGCUGGCGGCUUUGGCCCGGGCGGUUGUGCUAAUGACCCCUCUGCCCUUCCUCCUUCAGCGACUGCCCUAUUGCCGGUCCCAUGUCAUUGCCCACUGCUACUGUGAGCACAUGGCCGUGGUGAAGUUGGCCUGCACCGACACCACGUUCAAUAACAUCUAUGGGAUCAUCGUCGCUCUCUGCAUCGUGGGGCUGGAUCUGAUGUUCAUCAUCGUGUCGUAUGUCAGGAUCCUCAGGGCUGUCUUCAGCCUGGCGUCCAAGGAAGAGCAACUCAAGGCGUUCGGCACCUGUGGCUCCCACAUCUGCGCCAUCUUAGUGUUCUACGUCCCUGUGGUCCUCUCCUCAACCGUGCACAGGUUCGGCCGCCAAGUCGCCCCACACGUGCAUAUCCUGAUGGCCAAUUUUUACCUCCUCUUCCCUCCCAUGAUGAACCCCAUCGUGUACGGAGUGAAAACCAAACAGAUUCGUGUCCGGGUGCUUCUCUGGUUCCGAGGGAAAAGCUUCUAG